UUAAAUCACCGGAAGUUUACAUUUUUUUAUUUAUAUUGACAACGAACCUGCUCAUGUACGGUGUCUGUUAAAGAAAAAUGGGGAAUGUUGUAACAACACAUGGAAGAAAGGAGUAGAGGUGAUGUACACUACGGGGAAUAUGUAAGGCAACACCUUGGCGAACCUUUGUCAUGUGCAUUAGCCGAAAUAUUAGAGAGCAGACCUAGAGACCCAAUAGAAUAUUUGUCCCACUGGCUGUACAGAUCAAAGGGUAUGAACCCCGAAGGAGGAAUUGUGUCCCCUAGAGAGCACGGCUCUUCUUCAGCUCGUGUUCAGAACAUUAGACAGGAAGGAUCUUCCUCAAGAAAUUCUCGUCACGCAAAUCCCGUGUCAAGUAGUUCAAUACAAAAAUCUGGUAGGAGUGAAAUGGCAGCCAAUGCAAUGACCUCUUCAAAAAUAAGUGCUGUACCGCAAGGCACAGCACAAAUAGUUAAUCGAUUCGAUAAUGAAGACGAUGAUUUUAUCGAUGAAGAUAUCUCAAACAUAUCGACAUAUAAUUCUACGAUGGCACAUGUUCACACCGAUUUUAACAGGAUACCAAUAGAUUUGUUCGAUAAUGAUGACAUUAUUUGAUCAUGUUAUGAGUUAAUGAUCAGGGACACUUAUUUAUUUUUAUAAAUAGUCAAUAUAUUCGCAAAUU